CAAAGCAGGGAAGCAGAGCGAUGGCGUGAGCUUCAAACGCCUUUCAGUCAGAGACGUGGGCAUCGAUAGCAUCCUGUCUGCGGCCCAACGACUUCCUGACUUCCUGACAGCGGUGCCGUUGUUUCCAGACGACCAAUCACUGCCUCCCCUCUGGACGGUGGGGGGGCAGCCUGGAUCCUGGAUCCUGGACCCUGCCAGACCCUCUGAGAGCAUGGGGCCGAGCGUGGGGGCUCUGGAGCUGCUGGGGGCGGCCUUCUCCACCGGGGCCUGGCUCUGCUCCCUGGCCACCACCCUGAUGUCCACCUGGCUCACGCUGUCCACAGACCUGCUCCCCACCGAGAGCUACGAGCUGGGGCUCUGGGAGACCUGCGUGGUCCAGGACCUGGGCUCUCUGAUGUGCCGGCCCUACGACAGCCUGCUGGGACUCCCUCCGGACAUCAAGCUGGCCCGGAUCCUGAUGUGCUCGGCCCUGGGGUCCGGUCUGCUGGGGCUGCUGCUGGCCGUCCCUGGUCUGAGGCUGGUCAACGGCUGCUGCGUCCAGCUGGAGGACGCCGGCUGUAAGAGGGCUCUGAAGAUGGCGGGGGGGGCGCUGUGCGUGGUGGCGGGGGUCCUGGGACUCGUGCCGGUGUCCUACAUCGCCCACCUGACGGUCCUGAGGUUCUUUGACGAGUCCGUGCCGGACGUGGUCCCACGCUGGGACUUCGGGGACGCUCUGUUCUGCGGUUGGACGGCCGGUGUCCUCCACCUGGUGGGGGGGGCCCUGCUGCUGGCUUCCUGUCUGCAACUCCACAGACGGGACUCGAAUGUCCCCGUCCACAUCCCUCUGGUCGCCGUGGCAACAGGGGAACGGCGCCCGGCGAGGACCCGGACUGAGUACGUCUGAGAGACUCGGAAUAAAAGUUAAACGUUGGACUUUCCUUCAAUCAUCACGAUCGUGGAGAGAAGCUGUUUGUUUGUUUGUUUGUUUGUUUGCUGCUAUUAGUGGAAAAUAAAGAUGAGACGGAA